AUGCCGCCCUUAGCCUCGUCUGCGAGCAAGUGCUACUGGGUGGAAAUGCCCAAUGAGCACGACACGAACCCGGCCAACCGGCUGGACGUGCGCACAGGGGCGUCCACAGACAUCUAUCGCUCCAGAAUUCUAGUUUACAGUGGGUCGCUGCUGCCUUUGACGUUGAAGGCUGGCUUCUCGCUGCAGGACGUGGAGUCGGAGUUCGAGGCUGCUGUGGCGAGCGAAACAGAUCCGCACAGCGACCACAGCGAGUACCUCUCGCCCGAAGUUUUCUCGCUCAAUCUGCUAAACCGCAAGUGGAUCCACCUGCCUGCCAAAAAUAAACUCGAGAGGCCCAGACCCAGGAUGUUCCAUUCUAUGAUAGUGCACGACAACUACCUGUACGUUUACGGGGGGCUGUGUUUUGACCAGCACAAUAAGCUCAAGACGCUCAAUGACGUGUGGAGAUUUGACCGGUUCGACAAGUCCUGGAAAUGUCUUCUUCCAGACGGCAACAGCGUGGUCCUCAGACGGUUUGACCACAUGUCGAUGUUUGUCCCGGAACUACACGUUGUGGAGAGGCCGACGCACCACGGGCUGCUUUUUUUUGGCGGAGUAUCCGACGAGGCACAUGAGAUUAUCGUGUCGCACAUAUACGACCUCGUUUCCGAGCAGUGGUUUCCAAACCUGGUGUUUAGGGUCCAGGAGGACGAGAGCAGUGAAAAAAUCAAGUACAGUGCCAGAGACGGGCCGGAGGUAGAGGUGCCUGGUUUACGAAGCCUAGGGUUGCGAAGCUCUUUGAAUUCUGCCAUCCCGGCUCAGGCUCUCGAUUCUACACAGCAGGUGCCACCCAUAUACCUCUACCAUAAACAGCCGGACCAGAAACACGAGCCGUUCAUCACGUUCCCGAUCGGCGAGGGCGUGGCUGGGACGGUGAUGUCGCUGACGUCGACGAACUCGACCAAAGUGGUGCCGUUCGAACUGGACUACCCCACGGUGGGCUAUUUCGGAGAAAACCUCAUUGUCACAGGGUUCCGGCCCGGCGAGAGCUCAAUUUCGCUGUUUAUAUUCAACAGGGUCUCGCGCACCUGGAUGCGGUUGCAAAUAUCGUGCACGCAUUCUGCGCGCUCGCACCGCUUUUUCAAAGGAUUCGUGUGGAACUCGCACCACAAGGUGGUUUUUCUCGGAAACGGCAAGACCACAGUGACGCCACCCAGCGUGCAGUAUUUCUCGCAUUUUAACGCCGUGUCGCUGCCGUUCACCAACACAUACGGCAUAGAGAUGGAGAAGGCGUUCAGCAACGCGCCAGAGACCGCCCCGCAGCACCUGCCGUCGUCGCUUCCGCUCGACAAGUCCGAGAACACAAGCUUUGCCGCCUACUCACACUACGUUGCGCCACAGAUCAUGACCAACUCGAUUCGGUCCGUGUUUCCUCCGUACGCCGUGGCUCUGGGCAAGAACGCGUUUGAACGGUCAACUUCGAUUGCUGACUUUGAGUUCAUCUGCGCCGACGGCACCUCCAUCCCGGUGCCGCUCAACUUGUGUCGCAAGCGGUGGGGGAGCCGUUUCGACAAGCUGCUUGCUGACGCGUACGCCAGGGCCUUCGCUGACCGCCACGCCUUGUCUGAAGUCACAGAGCCCAGCUCGCUCGACAGCUCAUCGGCCGAAACAGAGUUCCUUGGGUCGCUAAGGUCGUCAAAGACGCCCGAGUCGCGCGCCCCAUUGUUCAGACUCCCAUUCUCGGAGUCUGGAAAAUCGUCUCCGCUGUCUGGCACUCCUCGGUUUGGCUCUCUGCCGCCCUCCAGACGCAGCUCGCUUGCCGCCUCCAGAAGAGACUCGGGGGCCUCGCGACGGAACUCCCUGCUCGGGUACGAAAAGCUCUCCAUGUCUGCGAAAAACUCGAACCUCCGCCGAAGCUCUGGGAUCUCCAGCUCGUCGUCGUCAUCGGCAUUUUCCAGUUCCAACAGAGACGUCUCUGAGGCCUCUGAUCACCUGCUGGGCUCGCCGCUCAUACUCGAGGAGCUGCCGCCGCAGCCGCCAAUGCCCGAGGUGCCGCAAGACACAAGCGAGUCCACCCCGUCGUUUCAUUUCCAUAGCCCGUCGUUUGGCCCCAAAGACGCCUCCACAAGCCGGCUCACACAGGCCCUGUCUGGCGUGGAGGACGUGGACCCUCUGUCAAACACCAGUCUGUCGGACCGGCCAAGAGAGGAGAGUGUCGAUUUUCCAGACGCGGCGGAGGCCAAGAUGGACGCGCGCUUCUUGCCCCGGACGCUGUGCCUGCCGUUUUCCAAAGCAACCGUGCGUGCAUUCUCCGAGUUUCUGUACACGGGACAGCUAGGCAGCAACUGGAAAGUCGUGCCCACGUGCGUGGAGCUGCUGAUGAUUGCCCAUUUGUACGAGGUGCCGCUGCUGUAUGACCUAAUCUCAGAAGCCCUGUUUGUGGUUAUCGCGCGCAAGGAGGCCGCGUUGGUGGUGCAGGCCAAGAGCUGCCACCCUGUUGACGGCGAGGGGACGGGGAUCGCUGCGAUUGACAAGUUCACCGAGCAGCUGGCAGCGCUGGACGAUAAUCUGAUGGACCUGACGCUGCUGAAACGGGCAUCGAAGGCGAUCGGCAGGUACUCCAACUCUGGCAGCCUCGCCAGCUCCGAGGUUCACUUCCGGGACUCGUUCCACUCGGCCAGCAAGAUCCGGUCGCACGAUAUGGCCCCCAACGACAGCAGCAGCAGCAACAGCAGCAGCGAUUCGGCCAGAGAAACGUUCGGGCUGCUCAACGAGCAACACUACAAGGACUUGGAGUCGCACGUCGAAAGACCGGCUACGGAGACCAAAGAAUGGCCGACGCUGAAGGCUCUCAUGAACCCGGACGCGCCUGCAUGCUCUGAUCAGAUUAUUGACAUCCUCGUGGAGUCGGGCACGCUGGCGAGCGAUAUCAAGUUGAUGCUACGGGCCAUCAACACGCGCGAAAUGAUAGCCCAGCUGAAGAAACACAAACGCGACUCGCACGACCUCAAGGAGCUGUCGGAGGGUCUCAAGGCGGCGUCCGUGGAGCCGCCCAAAGCGCACGCCGGGUCCACGAGCUCGCUGCCAGAGACGGCAGUGUACAAGACGAAGAGCGAGAGCGAGCUGGCGUCGUCGGAGGCGGGCGGCACCGCUGAGCGGCCUCGGAUCCCGCACGUGCUGACGUUCACGAACCUGGAGCGCGCGAUGACCAACACGUCCGAGGAGACGAACUCGCCGCGCAGAAAACGCGGGUUUGGGCUGUUCAAGAAGAACACCGCGAAAUACUGA